AUGGAUCCACUUGACGCCGCACUAGAUUUGAUGAGGAGACUACCUCCAAACAAGGUCGAAGAAAACCUAUCCAAUCUAAUAGAACUCGUACCAGACCUCACCGAAGAUCUCCUCUCCGCCGUCGACCAGCCUCUCAAGGUCAACAGAUGUCCUGGCACGGGCAAGGAUUACUUGCUAUGUGAUUACAAUAGGGAUGGCGACUCGUACAGGUCACCUUGGACGAACGAAUACAGUCCACCACUCUCUGACGGUGCCCAACCAAGCACUAAAUUGAGGAAACUGGAAGUAUCCGCUAAUGAGGCUUUUGACACUUAUCGUGAACUAUAUUUCGAAGGUGGCGUAUCAUCUGUAUACAUGUGGGAUCUCGAUGAUGGGUUUGCAAGUGUCGUCCUCAUCAAAAAAGUCAAUGAUGAAGGAUCCAAAGUGAAGGGAUCAUGGGACUCGAUUCAUGUUGUCGAAGUCCAAGAUAAAGGUCGCGCUGCUCACUACAAACUCACUGCCACAGUCAUGCUACAAAUGGCUAGUGCAAAGCAAGGGGGUCUGAACUUGUCGGGGUCACUAACACGACAGGCCGAAACAGACGCACCAGUCGACACAUACGACACACACGUGGCAAACAUUGGCAGAAUGGUAGAAGACAUGGAAAGACGAAUGAGAGACGCAAUCAGUGAAAUCUAUUUCGGCAAGACAAGAGAUAUUGUCAAUGAUGUGAGAUCUAUUGGUGCUCUUGCUGAUGCUAAAAAGCAAAAGGAAAUCCAGGCUGAAAUCGCUGGGAAACUAUCUGCUAGAUCAUAA